CAAAGGGAGGGUUUUUGGCUCUGCUCCCUUGGGCAGAGUUUUUGCGGCCAAAAGCAGAGAAGAGACAGGGAGGAGUAGAUUUGCUUGAGUCAUGACGUACGGGUGUGUCAAAGAGCUGGAAAAGGAAGGAGCACUCAAGAUGCUGGGCAACCACCUUUCCUGCCCGCUCCGGGGUCUUUGGUUUCCAGAAGUUUGUGGCAGAGUCAGCGGAGGGAGGAAAAACCUCUUCCGUCCCUGACACCUGUCACCUGGCUCUGAGUCUAGGAGGAAGGCCACAAAGCGGCCGACCAGCAGGUGGAUGCCUGUGAAUCGCCACCUGGGUGCCAAGAAGGAAUAUCGCACUGGGAGAGAGAGUUAGAGAGCAAGAGAGAAGCCACCUCCAAGCAAGGGACUUUUCCGACGGCUUCCCCAUCGGUCCAGAGUUGGAAAAGGGUGGGGGGGAAAUGAGCCUUUCUUCAGAAUCAAAGUCCCUCGGGAAACAAAAUGGGGGGAGUCUGCAAACGUCGCAAAUCAUCGAACUGAACGUUGGUGGGGAGAUAUUUAUGACUACGCUGAGCACGUUGAAGAAAUAUCCCGGUUCCAAACUGGCAGAGAUGUUUGCUAGCGGUCAGCCCAAGCUUCGCACUGAUGCAAAAGGACGGUACUUCAUUGACCGCCCUGGAACGUAUUUUAAGUACAUCUUGGAAUACCUACGGAGCAGCCAGGUGCCUAUGCAGUAUGUUCAGGACGUGUACAAAGAGGCUCUUUUUUAUGACAUUGAGCCGUUGAUCAAGCAACUGGAGGAUUCUCCUCAGAUCUUUGGGGAGUUGGUGGCCAGAAAGCAGUUCCUCGCCCGGGUCCCUAGCUACACAGAGAACAUUGAGCUGAUGAUCCGUAUCGCUCGUGCGGAGGCGGUGGCUUCGCGUCAAUCCAGUGUCAUGGUGUGCGUCGUGAAGAACGAGGAAGACAUGGCCAAGUGCCGGGAUGCUCUCAAUAGCCUGGACACCUACAAGAAAUCCGUGGUCACCUUCGGCCCUUGGAAGGCUUCACCGAGCAGUUCCGAUUUGCUGGACUGCAUUAAAAUGGACAUUGCGGCCAAAGGUUACAAAAUC